UCCUCUGUCCACCGGAGACACACACGCCGCUCGAAUUCCCCACCCCCACCGUCGCCGCCGCCGCCGCCGCCGCCGCCCCGCCGUCGCGGCGCCAUGCUCCACCUCCGGCAGCGCGUCCUCUCUCAUCUCCUCUCCGCGGCACCAACUCCCUCUACCUCUCCACUCCUCCGGCACCGCCUCCUCUCCGCCGCCGCGCCCGCCAUUUCCCCGAAUCCUAGCUUCGCCGUCGAGGAGUACCUCGUCGCCACCUGCGGCCUCACCCGUGCGCAGGCACUCAAGGCCUCCUCCAAGCUCUCCCACCUCAAGUCCUCCGCCAACCCCGACGCCGUGCUCGCCUUCCUCGCCGGCCUCGGCCUCUCCGGCGCUGAUGUCGCGGCCGUCGUCGCCAAGGACCCGCAGUUCCUCUGCGCCGGCGUGGAGAGAACCCUGUCCCCCAUCGUCGACGGGCUCACCGGCCUCGGACUGUCGCGUUCUGAAAUCGCGCGACUCGUCUCGCUCGCCCCGGUCAAAUUCAGCCGUAGAUCCGUCGUCUCCAAGGUAGAGUAUUACCUGCCGCUCUCUGGCUCCAUCGACAACUUGCUCCGGCCCCUCAAACACGGCUCCGGCUUCCUCGGCUCCCACCUCGAGAGGGUGGUCAAGCCCAAUGUGAAGCUCCUAGCAGAGUGCGGGCUAGGUGCUUGUGAUAUUGCCAAGCUCUUCAUCCGUGAGCCAAGGAUGAUUAGCGCCAAACCAGGGCGUGUCCUGGCGAUGGUUGCGUGCGCUGAACGUUUAGGUGUGCCCCGUGGCUCUGGAAUGUUCAGGCAAGCGCUGCACACCAUCUCAUGCUUCAGCGAGGACAAGAUCGCUGCCAAACUGGACUACUUGAAGAAGACACUUAGGUGGUCAGAUGGCGAGGUCCGCAUUGCUGUGUCCAAGUGUCCGGUUUUGCUGAGUAGGUCAAAUGAUGUGCUGCAGCGCCUGUCAGAGUUCCUUAUCUCUGAGGCGGGGUUGGAGCCGGCCUACAUUGCACAUCGCCCUGCUAUGCUCACUUACAGCCUGGAGGGACGGCUUAGGCCCCGCUACUAUGUUGUGAAAUUUCUUAAGGAGAGUGGAUUGCUAAAUCAUGACAGAGACUACUAUAGUAUGGUGGUGGUCAGCGAGAAGGAAUUUGUGGAGAAGUUCAUAUGCCCUCACAAGCAAGCUGCACCACACCUUGCUGAAGACUAUGCAGCUGCUUGCACAGGGCAGGUGCCUGCUACAUUCAGAUUUACAUGAACCAAGAAGCAGGAAAAAGGAUUGCUAGAGCGCGAGUGGAACUACUAUUCAGCAGUCUUGGUGACAAAGAAGAUUUUCAUGGAAAAGUUCGUAUGCCCUCAUGAGGAAGCUGCCCCCACCUUGCCGAAGACUAUGCUGCCACUUGUAGGGAAGUGCCUUCUAAUUUCAGAAUUACAUGACCAAGAACGGGCCAUGAGAAUUUGUAAUUGCGUAUGGCGCAAAAAAGUUUACACUGUGUAGUGAGCUGGUAAUCUCUGUCUGUGUGCCUGAGUGGAUGUUGGUUGUCUGCUAUAAUAUGUCAGGUACAUGCUAAUUUAGCGUCUCUAGUCCUGAAUGAAACUGAUAAUUUUACUGUGAGUCCUUGUAUGUCCAUUACAUCAUUCAGUUGAGAAGAAAGAAUUACAGUACAA